ACAGAUGCAGGAUAAAUCCUUACUACAUAAUCGUUAUGGCUCACAAGACCUUGCUCUGACAUGGAGUGCAGAAGAAGGUAGGAUUACAAGCAGCACAAUAAUCCAAGGGCCAGGACUGCACACAACUACAACAAGUACCAUCUACAACUAACAGCUAAAUAACAAAACAAGCCUGCGCUGGACUUCAACUGUACUCCACAGAUUCAAUUACUUAGUGUCAAGAGAAAAAAUCUCUGUGUCAAAACAAAAUUGGCAGUGAAACCAGGGCUGUACUACACAAGAACAGCAUAGAAAGGCAAAUAGAGAGAAGAAAAGAAGAAAUGCACUGAGGCUAUCACUGGCCAGCGGUGACCUGAACAAGAACAUGAGCAGUGUCGGCCCUGCCCACUGCCCUGUGCCAUCUGUCUGUGUGGGUGCUGCCAGCCUCCAUGCCCUGUCUGCAGCUGGAGACGCUUCUGCCCUGCUCUAAUGGAGGAAACACAGGGGGUGAACGAAAGGAGAACAGGUGAACGAGGUAUCCUGGAGUUCUGGGCUCUUCUACAGACUAACUGAGAAAAAAAUACUUUCUAGUAACCACUUGCCAUCUGCCUCAAGAAAGGCUUCUUUUCUGGCUCGUUUGAGGGCUCUGUCCUUUUCAAAUUGCACUCAAGGAUCAAUGUGUUUAUAUAGAAGAAUUAGUCAGCACUCCAGGCUGCUUCUUUCAGUCUACAUGGUGAUCUUGUGGGAAGUUUUGGGGGGAACUUUUGGAUUGCACCUGGACAUAGAUGUGCACAUCAUGCAGGAAGAGCAAGAUGAUGUGACCUUCUGCCAAAUUGGUUGAAACCAUGCCACAGACACAGCGGACUCCUCUGUCCACAUUGAAAUAUACUCAAACAAGUGCGGGCUAGAGAGAGGGAGCAGCAGAAAGAGACGGAGAGGGGAGAGAGAGUGAGAAAGAGAGAGCGGGGAAGGGAAAAAAAAAGAAAAAGAAGCAGGACGUUGGAGUCAUAAAGGAGGAAUGUGCUGUCAGGAGCCUGGACUGGAUGCCGUUUGCCAUUGCAGGCAGUAGGCGAGUGAGAUGGGCGUUCGUCUGGGCUGUCUGAGCGACACCCUGUGGCCGCUGCUGCCACUGCCACUGCUGCCACUGCUUCUGCUGCCUCUGCUUCUGCUGUGUGCCUCUGCGCCCUGCUGCCAUGGCCGACCCUUCAGCAUGGCUGAGCCCGCCGUCAACGUGGCAGUGGUGUUCAGCGGCUCCGCCUACCAGGUCGAGAUCAAAGGCCGUCUGAGCCGGGAGAACUUCCUGGACCUGCCGCUGGAAGUGAAUCCCAUCACCGUGCUGGUGAACAACACGAACCCUCGGACGCUGCUCACGCGUAUCUGUGACACACUGGCAGCGAACAGGGUGCAUGGGGUGGUGUUUGAGGACAAUAUUGGCUCUGAGGCUGUGGCACAGAUCCUGGACUUCAUCUCGACCCAAACGGCAGUGCCUAUCGUGGGCAUCAGCGGAGGAUCUGCAGUCGUCCUGCCACACAAGGGUGAUGGCUCCACCUUCCUGCAGCUGGGUUCAUCCAUUGAGCAGCAGAUUAAUGGCAUGUUCAAGGUGAUGGAGGAAUACAAUUGGGACAGUUUCGUGGUCAUCACCAGCCAGUACCCUGGCUACGAGGCCUUUGUGGACUACAUCCACUCUUUUACGGACACGUCAUACUUCCUGUGGGAGUUGCAAGAUGUCCUGACCUUUGAUAUGUCAUCCGACAGCUUGAAUGACCUGCGUGCACGGCGACUGUUGCAGCAGAUCGACGCCCAGGUUUUGCUAGUGUACUGUUCACAUGAUGAGGCCCAGUACCUGUUCAGCAUGGCCAAGGAAGUGGGCCUGCUUGGCCCUGGUUACAUCUGGAUCAUCCCCAGCCUGGCAGUGGGAAACCCCAAUGUCUCACCACCAGACAGCUUCCCCGUCGGGCUCAUUAGCAUCAUUACGGACCGCUGGAAGACGAGCCUGAGAAACAGGGUGAGGGAUGGAGUGGCCAUUGUGGUAAAAGGGGUGGAGAGCUUCCGCAAGCACAAGGGGUUCAUUCCUGAUGGACACGCGGACUGUCAGAGUCCACAACGGCCAGACAUCAACGACACACUCUUCAGACACAUGCUGAAUGUGAUGUGGGAGCACACAGACUUCUCCUUCAACAGUGAUGGCUACCUCAUCAACCCCUCCAUGAUUAUCAUCACCCUGGACCGAGACAGGCAAUGGGACAAGGUGGGCAGUUAUGAGUCAGGUAUACUACAAAUGCGGUAUCCGGUCUGGCCUCGGUAUGGGACAUACUUGGAGCCAGUGUCUGACAACCGUCACCUGACUGUGGCCACACUUGAAGAGAGACCAUUUGUGAUAGUCGAGGCUGUGGACCCCAUCACUGGCACCUGCCUCAGCAACACCGUACCCUGCAGACGCCAGUCAAACAAAACUGAGAUGAUUGUUGGAGACACAGAGCCCUACACCAAACUUUGCUGUAAAGGUUUCUGCAUUGACAUUCUGAAGAAACUCUCUCGCAAUAUCAAGUUUUCCUAUGACCUCUACCUGGUUACCAACGGCAAACAUGGCAAGCUUGUUCGAGGCGUUUGGAACGGCAUGAUCGGAGAGGUGGUCUAUAAGCGAGCAGAUAUGGCCAUUGGCUCUCUGACUAUAAAUGAGGAGCGUUCUGAAAUCAUUGACUUCUCUGUGCCCUUCGUGGAGACAGGGAUCAGUGUGAUGGUGGCCAGGAGCAAUGGAACAGUCUCUCCCUCAGCCUUUCUAGAGCCCUACAGCCCUGCCGUGUGGGUGAUGAUGUUUGUGAUGUGUCUGACUGUGGUGGCAGUGACCGUAUUUGUGUUUGAGUACUUCAGUCCCGUAGGGUAUAACCGCAGCCUGGAGAGUGCCAAAGAUCCAGGUGGGCCGACCUUCACCAUUGGGAAGUCAGUGUGGCUGCUGUGGGGAAUUGUCUUCAAUAAUUCUGUUCCCAUUGAGAACCCCAAAGGCACCACGAGUAAGAUCAUGGUACUGGUGUGGGCCUUCUUCGCUGUCAUCUUCUUGGCCAGCUAUACAGCAAACCUGGCAGCAUUCAUGAUUCAGGAGCAAUACAUUGACACUGUUUCUGGACUGAGCGACAAAAAGUUUCAGAAGCCGCAGGAGCAGUACCCCCCGUUCCGGUUUGGUACAGUCCCUAAUGGCAGCACAGAGAGAAAUAUAAGGAGCAACUACCCAGAGAUGCACUCACACAUGGUCAAGUAUAACCAGAAGGGUGUGGAGGAUGCUCUUAACAGCCUCAAAACAGGCAAGUUGGAUGCCUUCAUCUACGAUGCAGCUGUGCUAAACUACAUGGCUGGUAAAGAUGAGGGAUGUAAGCUGGUGACCAUCGGCAGUGGGAAGGUUUUUGCUACUACUGGAUAUGGCAUUGCCUUACAGAAGGAAUCCCGCUGGAAACGCCCCAUUGACCUAGCUCUCCUUCAGUUCCUGGCUGAUGGUGAUACUCAGAAACUGCAGACAGUAUGGCUGACUGGAAUCUGCCGUAAUGAGAAAAAGGAAGUGAUGAGUUCCAAGCUUGAUAUUGACAACAUGGCAGGAGUGUUCUACAUGCUGCUGGUGGCCAUGGGUCUUAGCUUGUUGGUCUUUGCCUGGGAACAUCUGCUUUACUGGAAACUACGGCACUCUGUUCGCAAGUCUGAACGCCUGGACUUUUUACUGGGCAUCAGCAGGGGCAUCUACAGCUGCUUCAAUGGGGUGGAAAAUACAGACCGCAAUGGAAGCAUGCAGAGCCCUGACGUCACCACCAAUUACACCCAGGCCAACAUGCUGAAGAUGCUCAAGACAGCCAAGGACAUUGUAUCCUCUGCCAGAGUGGAGAAUUCCUUGGACAAUGCCACUAAGACCAUUGAGAACUGGAGUCGUCGAGGUCCAGAAGCUACUAAACCUAGUCUUCCAACCCGCUUGAUAAGUAUUGAUUCCAGUCAUGGCCGUUUGCCCUACAUUUCUAGUGUCACAGACAAUCAGGCACCCUACUCCCAGAGGGUGCUCACUCCCACUUUCCCUCUACAUUAUGGAGACAGCAUCACCCAACCCUUGCCUGAGAAACCUCGGGUCAUCACAAGGCCCACCCCACUGCGUUACACCCUUCCUGCAAGGACCAGCCACCAUCAUAUAUAUGAACGAACGCUGCCUAUUUCCAGCCUAAGCAGUCCCCAUAUUGCUAUGAGGGACCCACCACCGCCUACAGCCCCAAAGCCCCACCACUUCGGCAGGCUGUACAUGGACAACCAGGUCUGUCAUCAAACAACAUCACCCUUGCUCCCUUACCGUGCAUUCCAUGUCCCUGACAUCUAUGUUGAACACCAGGAACCUCCUGAGAACCGCAAGCUGUAUACUGAAAGUCUGGGCCGCAAGAAGAGGUCUCAAAGCUAUGUGGCACCAUCACCAGAAACUCGGCGCAGAACUGACUAUGAAGAACCGGAAUCUUGCUUGGUACAUGAGCUUAGAGCCAGUCACCUCUUGAACAGCCAUGCCCACACCACACACUGCUUGGGAAGCCACUAUCAGAGGCCCAGUGCUAGCUGUAACUCCUGCAUGAAACCAUACCUGGAGCCUGAGAUGGAUGAUGUUCCUCUACUGGGGAAGGAGAAGCUGAACCGCCGUGCCUCUUUCCUCAGGGCCACAUGGGGGGGUGACAGGAUGCAGCAUCUAGAUGAGAAACCUUCCACCUCUGCAGCUUCCUCCGGUCGUAUCAGCACACCUGAUCUGUUCCCCCGUGUUGUGGUGGCCAACCCCAAGCCCUCAAAGAUGUACGCUAGCACUGGUAACAACCUCUGCUACAACAUGGCUGUUGAGCCGGCCUAUCUGGACCCGGCCCACAUGAGCUCAUACCCAUACAGACCCCAGAAACUCAAGUAUUCUCAGUCUACUCGCCUUCCCUCAUACCGAGAGGCGAUCCUGCAGAAUGCUGCAGCACUGCGCCGGUCUUCUUCCACAGUGGUACACAGACAUUACUCCACUUACCUGAACUCAUACACUGACCUUCCAGUAUAUGUAGGUCCCCUGGCACAGGGGCCUGCACACUUCUACGAUCACCCCAAAGACAUGUGCCAUCCAAUCCCCUGUGUCAGCCACUGCCCAGCUGAUGCCACCCUGGUACCGCGCUUAGGUAGCAGGCCUAUCAUGUACCAAAACACUGCUUUCGAAGGCUAUGAGGGUGCAGGGCGCUCAUGUGAGGAGCCACCACUGCUGCCACUGCACACUUUACCAGCUUCCUCUGGGAACAGGGAGCAUAGGCAGGUUUUGCUGGCGCGGAGGGCAAACAGUCCCUAUGUGCCUAAGCCCUGGGGCAGAGUGUCUAGUCUGGAGUCAGAGGUCUGAAACCCUUUCUGAGCAUCUUUAAGCUCAGAGACUUGUCACCCAAUGAACACACAGGGAGAAAUGCCUGGAACUGCCAAACAGCCUUUGAAUCUUGCAAAAAUCUAAGCUGUGCUGUGCUGACGGUGGACUAGAAGGGAUAUUCUCAGUGCAAUAAUACAGAAGGCACAGGGAUGGGAGAGAGGGCGUGACUAUGUGAUUACUGCUGGGACAUAUGAACUUUUAGUGAUUAUAAAAUUAAAUACAAUAUUGAAUUAUUCUUAAUAUAUUAAAAUUUAACUUAUAAAUUGUAAUUUAAUCAGGUUUUUAAUACCAUUUAAAGAUGCAGUCAUAUGAUUACAGUAAUUCUCCACACACAAACAUAUGGAGCAGGUUGCAAGGCAGCUUUAGAACAGGUUUCGAAUCAUUUUCAUGUCUUUUGUUCUGUUUUUUCUUUCUUAAUGAAUUAAUUUAUUGCUAAUUGAGCUCUGUGAAAUUUUGAAGAAUUGCAAUGCACCACAAAAUUUUAUAAACCAGCCAUUCAAAAAUGUCUUCCAAAAAUUUUCUAAGUCCAGGAUUUUGAGAGAGCCGCCUGUUUGAGGCUUUUUAUUUGCUCCAGAAAUAAGACUGGUGAACUUUAACCUCCAUAUGUAUUUCCAUUACUAUUUCACUGUUUAAUAAAAGGCCAUGGGCUUUAAGAGCCUUUUGAAA